ACUUUGUGUUUCAGACAUUGAUUGGCCUACUUCUCAUCUCAUAUCACUCACUAUUUAAGAGCGGUGCUAAGAGUUAAGCUUCCACAGCAUAUCUAUUUUAAAUUCUUUCAAGUUUUCAUUGGACUACAAUAUAGAGAAAUGGAAAACAUCAAAGAUCCAUCAAUUUACCGCAAUCCAAUCAUUUUGCAGAGUGAGGAUUUAGGCAAGUAUAUACUAGAGACUGCUGUUUACCCUAGAGAACCUGAGCCUCUGAAAGAGCUGAGAGAAGCCACAAAUACUCACCCUUGGAGCUUCAUUGCUACCUUACCUGAAGCGGGUCAGCUAUUGACCAUACUAUUGAAGCUGUUGAAUCCCAAAAAGACCAUUGAAGUGGGAGUGUUUACUGGUUAUUCACUUCUCCUCACUGCACUCAACAUCCCUGAUGAUGGAAAGAUUACAGCCAUAGAUAUUGAUAGGAAAGCUUAUGAAGUUGGGUUACCAGUGAUAAAAAAGGCUGGGGUAGAGCACAAGAUUAAUUUCAUAGAGUCUCCUGCUCUACCAAUUUUGGAUAAACUACUUGAAGAUCCUGCAAAUGAAGGGUCUUUUGACUUUGCCUUUGUUGAUGCUGACAAAGAGAACUAUGUGAACUACCAUGAGAGGAUAAUAAAACUGGUCAAGGUUGGAGGGUUGCUUGUAUAUGACAACACACUGUGGGGUGGACGUGUUGCAUGGCCUGAAGAGCAGGUUCCACCUCAGAGGAGAUCAGGAAGGCAAGCAGCAAUUGAAUUCAACAAAAUGAUCACAAACGAUUCUCGUGUUGAAUUUUCUCUUACUUCUGUAGGGGAUGGCCUCAAUAUUUGCAGGCGCAUUGCUUGAGUUUAAUUUAUGUACUAAAGUUUUUUAUUAUCCAGCAAGCUAAGUUUUUUUAUCUGUUUCAU